GUCGGUAUGGUGGAUUACUUCAUGUUGUCGGAAGCAGUUGACUGUACACAGAAAUUAAAAUGGCAUAUGUCGCCUUUUUGUGAUUCUUUUUUGUGGCAAUCUAGUAUUUUAUGUAUUUUAUUUUUUGUGUUGACUUCUACUGUUACAUCCAGUAACAUUACAUCCGAUUCAGUAAGUUGGUAUUAGCGCUGCUUUGCAGCUAAAAGGAAAAGAAAGCCAGGGCAGAAGCUAGGCUGCCUCUCUGAUAACUAAGUAAGCUAGCCGGAAUCAUGUGGGACGUCGAGAUCAGAGGCAUGGCUUCAGCCCAUGCCAUCAUUGCUGCCUCCAUCUUCAUGGCGACGAUUAUGCCAGCUGUUCUUGUAGAGAAGUUUUCUGUAUAUGGGACCCACUUGGUCUGGCUGUAUUCUGUUGCGGGGUCUGUUGCUGUCGUCAACAUAGCUGUGUUCUGGCUUCUUGGUGUUAGUCCACCAACAAAGAAGAACACUCCAAGUUAUAAGUUGUCUAAACUGUUCAGAUCCUGUGUGUAUUUCCUACUGUCAUGUCUUUUCUUCCACACUGUGGUUGUGCUGUAUGGAGCGCCGCUGCUAGAGUCAGCCCUGGAGACAUUUUCCCUGGCUGUGCUGCUCUCCACUUUCACCACACUGAGGUGUCUGUGUAUCCUGGGCCCAAAUGUACAGGCGUGGAUUCGUGUGUUCAGUAGGGACGGAGCGAUGUCAGUGUGGGACACAUCUCUUCAGAUCACUACCGGCUGCAGUGUAGUUGGGGCCUGGCUUGGAGCUUUCCCUAUUCCUCUUGACUGGGACAGACCCUGGCAGGUGUGGCCUAUUUCGUGUUCCCUGGGGACAACCAUAGGUUUUCUGACAGGGCUCCUGACAGCCCCGCUUUGGAUCCGCUGGCAUCGCAAGCAGCUCACCUACAAGCUCAAGUGAAGAACAGGAACUCACAGGCAAAGGCCAAGUUGUGGACGGACAUCAAAGGGCUGUGAUAGUCAGAAAAAAAACAUCCACCCUAGAGCAAGUUCCACCUGUUUGCCCCCAAAUGCUUUAAAACAUGUCCUCUGAGGUCAGAUGCUGCAAUAGAAAUGUCCGUUUCCUUCAGGUAUUACAUUAUUUGUAUAUUUGCAGUGGUAUACCUGUUGCAACAUUCCUCUAAUCUUUCUGGUAAAUAAGGGAUUUAAGAGAAAUUUUGUGAAAGGUAAGCAAUUUGCGACUUCAUGUUGCAAGACACAGUUUCCCUUUUUCUGAGCCAAAUAAAGUCCUACUUCUGUAAAUGUCA